AUGAGUCAGAUUAACGUCGUUGCUGGGGGGGGGGGGGGGGGGGGGGGGGGGGGGGGGGGGGGGGGGGGGGGGGGGGGGGGGGGGGGGGGGGGGGGGGGGGGGGGGGGGGGGGGGGGGGGGGGGGGGGGGGGGGGGGGGGGGGGGGGGGGGGGGGGGGGGGGGGGGGGGGGGGGGGGGGGGGGGGGGGGGGGGGGGGGGGGGGGGGGGGGACGCCCUUUCGCGCGUCUCCGCAAUCCACACCGCUGGCCAGGUAAUCAACUUAUCUGCCAUGGCUACCGCGCAACUAACCGACACUGA